CAAAAUGGCUUCCAGGAUCUUAGGUCGCUGCGGUGCACAACUUAUGCAAGUUUGCUCUCGAAAUUUGGCUUUAAAACACAACCAAAAUGCUGUCCCUGAUUACAAUUUUACUCGCCGGAUGUUGUCUCUCAAUAGACCAGCGAUGAGCAAAGCAGUUAUUCAAAAACCUGCUCCAGCAUUUUCAGGAACCGCAGUCAACAAGCAUGGCGAGUUUAUCGACAUUAAGCUCUCAGACUACAAAGGAAAAUAUGUAGUUCUGUUCUUCUACCCUCUGGAUUUCACAUUUGUCUGCCCAACAGAGAUCAUUGCUUUCAGUGACCGGGUUAAGGAGUUCAAAGCUAUCAAUUGUGAAGUUAUCGCUUGCUCUGUAGACUCUGAAUAUUCUCACUUAGCUUGGACCAAUGUCCCYCGAAAGAAGGGUGGAAUAGGUCAAAUUAAUCUCCCUAUCCUGUCUGAUCUCACUAAGCAAAUAUCCAGGGAUUAUGGUGUUCUACUAGAAGAUGCUGGUGUAGCUCUAAGGGGUCUAUUUAUCAUUGAUGACAAAGGUAUUCUCAGGCAGAUCACAAUGAAUGACCUUCCUGUUGGACGCUCUGUCGAUGAAACUCUUCGYUUGAUCCAGGCUUUCCAAUUUACAGACAAACAUGGAGAAGUCUGUCCUGCUGGUUGGCGUCCUGGCUCAGAAACAAUUGUACCAGAACCAGGCAAAAGUGAYAAAUACUUUAGCAAACAAUCUUGAAAUGUUUAUAAAUACAGUGAAAGAAAUCUAACAAAAUAACAUACAYCACAUUUUUCAGUUCUUCUUUUAGUAAUAUUUUAUAAUGUAUUUCUAUUUAUGCAAUGUAGGUAGGAAGUACAGGUCUGUUUGRAAUUAAAAGAUUAUGCAUUGCUAUAA